GCCUCCCUCACUCCCCCACGCACUCGCCCUUAUCAUCCAGCCUCUUCUCCCUCCUCCCUCCUCCCCCCAUCCCAUUCGGGGCCAUUCCCAUCCACCCCCACCGCGCCGGCCCACCGCCCACGCCAUCCCCCCCUCACCCGUUUCCCCACUCGCUUGCAGUUGCUGCGAGCGGACACCACACCGCUGCGCUUCGCACACAAACCAGCGGCAGUAAACAACUCCCAUCCCCGAUUAAAUUCUCCCCGCUCCCAAUCUCCGAUUUCAAGGACGCCGGCGGAGGAGAGGGGAUUUCCGAGGCGCGGCGAUCGCGAUUGGUGCGGCCCGCGGCUGGAAUCGCCGAGGAGGCGGGUUGGAGUGGAUUGGGGGGAGUGAGUGAGGCGGCGAUGGGGCGGCUGUUCCUGAUGCACCUGGACGGCAACGUCUACAGCUGCAAGCACUGCAAGACCCACCUCGGCCUCGCCGGCGACAUCAUCUCCAAGGCCUUCCACUGCAAGCACGGGAAGGCCUACCUCUUCCAUAAAGUCCAGCAGAUGUUUCAUUCACUCAUGUAUGCUGUGCCCAGUGUCAAUGUGACUCCUGGAGUAAAAGAAGAUCGCUUGAUGAUGACAGGAAUGCACACUGUUUCUGAUAUCUUCUGUGUUGGCUGUGGAUCCAUUGUUGGAUGGAAAUAUGAAGCUGCACAUGAGAAGAGCCAGAGGUACAAGGAAGGAAAGUAUAUUCUGGAGAGGUUUAAGGUGUCAGGCCCUGACGGAAGCCAGUAUUGGAUUGCACCUGAUGCUCAUUUGGUCGGAAGCGAUGCCGACGAUGUAUGAGGAGCGAUUCGCCAAGCUCAAGCAUGUUGUUCAUCCCCUGUAAAUAACCUGUGUGGUGCUGGUCUUUAGCCAGCCGGGGAUUGCUCCCAUUGAAAGAAUCCCCGGCGUAAAUGUUGUUGUAGGUGACCUGGUCAUAUCCCUCCUGUCUUCCCUGCCAACUCAAUUGGAUGUUUCCGUCUGUAUAUGCUUGUAAUCUGUGUUGCUUAAUGAUCCAAUAAAAGUCCCGUUUCUCAA